AUGUUGGUGGAUGUAGGCUGCUUCAACCGUGCUGCGGCAGCUCUUUGGAGCACCAAGGGACGGGGGAAAGUGUCUGCAACCCGCACCAGGCAUGAACCAGAUGUGAAGCAUGUUGCUCUUUCCAGGGAUCCAGAUCUUGUGAUUGUUCUGGCGCCCUCUAAUAAUUUGACGGCUUCCAGAACAAUCCAAGAGGCUGGAGCGGCUUUUUGCCGUUACCUGGAAACUGUCUGUGACAGCUGGACCAACGUUGUGGUUGCUGACUUCGUACCUCGUCUAACAGUCGGCAGGGAAUACCAGGACAUGAUGCGUCAUGAGUUCCAACGUGUGGCUGCUCAUUUACGUCUCACAUACUGGCACUGGGCUGACCACUUCCCGCUCCACUCUGUUGAGUUAUGGUCCCGUGAUGGGGUGCACCUUGGUGACGACAGGGGGAUACUUCGCCUUGCAGACCUGAUCUGGAACUCCACCUACCAGCACCUGGAGACCUUAGCUGCCAAGGUACCUCGUAGGGCCUCUCCACCACAAUCCACAAGAGUUUCUCCCCGGAUUGUGGUGAAGGGAAAUGCCCCGGUCCCUCGUCCACUCACUCCUGAGUGGACAUGUGUGGGACCAAGCAUGAAGGUGGCUGCAGCUGCAGCUCCAAAAGAAAAGUUUCACCUCCCCCUCCAACCUGUGUACUUCUCCAGUGACAUCCUGCAGGCCAUGGACAAGGCAGUCCCAUCAUUUCUUGGUGAAGGUGUUCCUACGGACAAACUGGCUAGGCCAGCUGUUCACCCCAAGAAACCAGGAGUUUCAAAGCGAAAGAGGAUUCAGAAGCAGACAUUACCUACACCAACUACUACUGUGUCGGCUGCUGUGACAGAAGUCGCUACAUCGGAAAAGACUUCCAUUCGACCAACCAGAAAGGACACCACACUAACUGCUCCUUUGGGUGUGUCAACAUAUGAGGUAAACAGUUCUUUGUGAAAUAUCACUGUUUUCACAAACUAGAUUAGGAGUUCUACAUUUUACAAAUGA